AUGAAUCAAGAAAUCUACGAAGAACUGCUCUUCGCAAGAACUUUGAUAACCGACACUAAAGACUAUAUCCGUCGCGUGGAUCUCAGGAUUGAGGAAGAGGACGAAGAGGAGGGAGGGGGUAGCGUAGCCAAAGCCUUCUCCAUCUACUUGGUCGUGACAGUUCGGCGUGGCCGUCGUUGCAACGUGCCGCAUCCAGAGCUCACCAGACGACGACCGAACGCAUCGAAAAUCGAUGGGAUGGGGAAGCCUUUGGGGGACACCGGGGGGCUGCUCUCUGUCUUAACGCCCCUUCCCCUACCUCAUACACCCCCGUACACCACUGGUCCUGCCGUUGCCCCCACCCCGUUGCUGCUGCAUUGCCAGAGAUGCGUUUUCUUUGUUCUAUGUAGGACCCCUCCACGCCGGAUCGAAGGACGAAAUGCGACGAAAAACAAGCACGUCAAGGAUACGUUUUUUUCUACAGAGUGGUCGAAAAAUUUGCUUGUAAUUGGUACGGGACUUUGUUUUUAA